AUCCGAUAUUUGUGGGAAUACAUUCCCACAUCGUGACGUCGUCUCUACUUUGCCGUUUCAAACAUUGUAGCGUCAGCCUGAGACUACUCAUCGGGCCUAUUUUGGGCCAUCUUCAAUUGCUCGUCGGUUGUUUCUAGGUGGCUAAAAAAAUUGGGAUAAAUACGAAUAAGACCCCAAAAAACACAAAAGCUAUUUCAAUAAAAAGGUUGGAAUCAACUUUUAGCUUCUUUGCUGGGCUCUAACUAGCGAACCCAUGGCAAUUAAUUAAGCAUUUUUCAUUAUCAAUGGAGAAGUGAUCGAUAGCAGGUAAAUCACUAGAACCCAAUAUAUGCACAUGUAUUUCGAGAAAUGAAGCAAGAAUCAUGUAUUAACGUAAGGCAAACUCACUGGCCGUCGACCGGCACUAGCUUGGACCUUGGUUCAUUGAUUCUCAGGUCAGUCGUCUCGUCCCCUCUUUCUCUCUUUCCCAGUCUGUUUAUAUGUUGUAAUAUACCUCCAAACCCAAUGGUGUUAAAGCUUUCGACCCUUAAACUAAAAUUUCCCAACAAAAUCCCGCCAUGGCUCAACUUCCCUGGCCGCUAUUUCUCCCUUUCGUACGCCGCAACUCUCCGGCCGAAGCCAGAAACCGACACUGACCCUCAAUCGCUUGACAAUUAUGAAGAAAAGAUAGGGUUUUUAAAGAAUAAUCUACACCCGGAUAACUUAAUCCGCGUUCUGGAUAAAACCCAAGAUUCGAAUUCAGCUCUCAAGAUAUUCAAAUGGGCUGCUUUGCAGAAAAGCUUUAACCACACCCCUGAUACGUAUUACCACAUCAGUUUAAAAUUGGGUUUGGCUGGAAAUGUUAAAGAAAUGGACAAUUUUUGUCUAAAUUUGGCGAGAGACAAAUGUGUAGGUUCGAGGGAGGCUCUUGCUUCAUUGGUUCAUUCAUUCGUUAGGCAUUCUAGGCUCAAUGAGGCAAUUCGGAUUCUUGGGAACAUGACAUUAUGUGGGUUAAAUCCCUCUGUUGAUGUUUUUAAUGAUUUAUUGUGUGCUCUUGUUAAGAAAACAGAUUUUCAAAAUGUCUUGUUUGUUUACAAGGAGAUGGUGAAAGGGGGAAUUGUGCCCACAGUUGGUACUUUGAACUCUUUGUUGGAGAUAUUGUUUGAGACUAAUAGGGUCGAAUCGGGUUUGAAUCAGUUUAGGAGGAUGAACAAGAAAGGUUGUAGUCCUAAUGUUAGGACCUUCGAGAUUGUUAUUAAAGGUCUUGUUUUGAAUAAUAGAGUUGAUGAUGCAGUGCUCAUUUUGCAUGAAAUGUUGGAGCUAAAGUAUCAGCCUGAUGUGUGUUUUUAUACCUGUAUUAUCCCUUUGUUUUGUCAAGAGAACAGAUUAGAACAAGGAACGCAGCUGUUUCAGCAGAUGAGAGCGGCUAAUUUGGUGCCGAAUUCAGUCAUUUGCAGGGAAUUGGUUCAUUGUUUAUGUAUGAACCUUCAUCUAGAUGAAGCUAUUAACAUUCUUGAAGAGAUGAUAGAAAUCAGUGAGAUUCCUCCCCUUGAUUCAUUUGUGGAUGUAAUGAAUGGUUUUUGUGAAGCCAAAAGAUACAAUGAAGCAAUGUGUUUCUUGGAGAAUAACUGUGGUAACUUAGUUUCUCCACAUAAAGCAUUGCUUGAAGGUUGUUGUAAGGCUGGUAAUUUUUUUCUAGGAAUAAGUCUUCUUGAGAAGAUGUCUGAGAGAGGUAUAGCUGAUUGUGAUUGUUGGAACAUUUUACUCAAUUGGAUUUGUGAGAAUGCGAGCAUCAAGAAAGCUUAUGAGCUUCUUGGAAGAAUGAUUGUACGGUCCGUAGUUCCUGAUUGUGGCACGUACGCAGCUCUUGUUGUAGGUAAUUGUAAUCUGAACAACUACGAGGAUGCUUUGGAGCUAUUUCAUUAUAUUCGGUCCAAAUUCUGGGUUUUGGACUCUAAAUGUUAUUCUAGGCUAGUUGAAGGUCUUUGCAGGCUAAACAGGAUUGAAGAGGCUGUCUUGGUAUAUUAUUACAUGUCUAAAAGUCAAUGUCCCCUUGAAGUCUCCACAUUCAACCUGAUGAUUGAGGCCACAUGUGAUGCCGGAAAGGUGGAUGAAGCAGUCAAGCUGAGGUCAUUGGCUUAUUAUUCUGGUACUUCCUGCUCUAGUGCGACUUACAUCAUCAUAAUGCUUGCCUUGCUUAAAUCCGAAAGGGCUAAAGACGUCUUGGUAAUGUUUUCCCAAAUGGUGAUCAGGGGUUGUAAAGUUCAUGCAGAAGUAUACUGUAUUCUAAUACGAAGUAUGUGUGCACUGAAUAGAUUUAAGGAUUGUGCUUUAUUUUGCAAGCUAAUGAUUAAUGAGGACCUCAUGCCUGAUUCGGGGACAAUACAUGACCUUCUCUCUUGUUUAACUAACCAUUCUCAGUUACAUUUGGUGUCAAAAGAUAUCGAUAAAAUUAUUUCUAGAAUGGAUAACUUGGAUUCAACUAUGUUUAAUCUGCUGAUUAAUGGCCUAUGGAAAGAAGGUUGCCGGAGUGAGGCUCGGAAUUUAUUAGAUGUGAUGUUGGAAAGGGGUUUUGUCCCGGAUGCUACAACUCAUUCGUUGUUCGUUGGAUCCGAUGUUGAAGGGGUAACAAGUAGGGGAAGACCAACAUAUGAAAAUCCGAUGGAUGAAGAUAAUGUUAGCAACAUCCUUGUUGAGGCAUUGGGGAAGUGAUAAAAAGCUUGAUACUCCGUAUGGUUUUUUAUUUGACCAUGCGCCCAUUCCUUGGUGGUUAUGCCUUCAUUUCUCACCCUCUAGAGGAUAAAAAGUCAUGACAUAGAUCUUUCUUCAAUGGCAUUCUAAUUAUGGUAAUGGCAGGUGACUGAUUUCUAUUCCGACAUGGUAUCCCAAUUUGAUAUUAACUGUUAUGUCAAGUAGUGGGAAGAGACACUUGUCCAAUUGCAACUGCUCAACUGGUAAUCUGGUGUGAUCUCUGGUGAAUAAGUGUCAAUUCAAAGCUCCUCUUUCUUCCCCAAAGUUAGGUGGAUUACGCUAUGGACCGGUGGUAGAAGGCUGCAAACAAAGCUGAGUGCAAGGCUGGGACUGCUCUCUGUAUGUGCUGAAUAAACCCUUUUUUGUUGGGUACUGGCCUAUAGUCGAUACCCUUUCAGAUGUUAGGUUCAGUACGGAAACCAUCAAUGCUGCUGCAUAUACACAGUUGGCAUAUUCUUGUAUAUGUAACGAUUGCUUAGGCAAGCACAGUUGGCAUAUUCUUUGGGGAUGGAAAUGGAUUGUCUAGGGUUUGAUUGUUGAGGUUGAUGAUGGUAGGGAGGUUCAUACUCGUAUUACAAAUCCGAUUACUCUUGGUCAUAAUGAGAGUCAUAAUCUUCCAGUGGUGGUUGUAUACUAUUAUCCAAUCCUUCGAAUGAAUCAUAAGUGGAAAGACAAAAAAAAUGUUGUAUGUAAAUGAAUGUUGAAUGUUGUAUUUAAAUAAA